CGCCGCGGCCGCCCCGCCGCGCUCGCAGAGGCCGCCAUGGGCACCCCGCGCUGGCUCGCGCUGGGCAGCCUCCUCGCCCUGGCCGCGCUGCUGGAGGGCCGGCUGCUGGGCGAGGGGGAAGCCGGCUUCGGCGAGUGUGACAAGUUCUUCUACGCCGAGACGCCGCCUGCGGGGCUGGCGGCCGAUGCGCACGUGAAGAUCUGUCAGCGCUCCGAGGGCGCCGAACGCUUCGCCACCCUGUACAGCCUUCGGGACCGCAUCCCCGUGUACUCGGCGUUUCGCGCGCCGCGCCCCGCGCCCGGCGGCACCGAACAGCGCUGGCUGGUGGAGCCGCAGAUUGAUGAUCCCAACAGCAGCCUUGUGGAGGUGAUUAAUGAGGCUGAGGCCAUCACUUCUGUGAACAACCUGGGAAACAAGCAAGCCUUGAAUACAGAUUACCUUGAUUCUGAUUACCAAAGAGGACAGCUGUACCCAUUACCCCUUAGCAGUGAUUUCCAGGUGGCCACAUUCACUCUCACGAACUCAGUUCCGAUGACCCAGUCCUUCCAGGAACGGUGGUACACGAAUCUCAACAGCCUAAUGGACCGGGCCUUGAUCCCACAGUGUGGCAAUGGAGAAGACCUAUAUAUCAUCACAGGUGCAGUGCCCUCAGACCGCAAGGUGAAAGACAAAGUGACCAUCCCUGAGUUUGUUUGGCUGGCGGCCUGUUGUGCUGUCCCUGGAGGAGGCUGGGCCAUGGGCUUCAUCAAGCACACUCGGGACAGUGAUAUCAUAGAAGAUGUGAUGGUGAAAGAUCUUGAGAAACUGCUUCCGUUUAACCCUCAGCUGUUCCAGAACAACUGUGGUGAAACUGAGCAGGACACAGAGAAAAUGAAAAAAAUCCUGGAAGUGGUUAACCAAGUCCAGGAUGAGGAGCGAAUGGUGCAAUCUCAAGAGAGCUCUAGAACCCUCCCCAGCACCAGGAGCAAGAGGUCUGCUCUGUUGCCUCCAGAGGCAUCCAAGGGGAGUAGUAGCUUUUUGGGAAAACUCUUGGGCUUCAUCGCUGCCCCAUUCAUCAAGAUUUUCCAAUUAAUUUAUUACCUGAUGGUAGCAAUCCUGAAGAACAUUGUCUAUUUCCUGUGGUAUGUUACCAAGCAGGUGAUUAAUGGUAUAGAAAGUUGCCUUUACCGCCUGGGCUCAGCCACUAUCUCAUACUUCUUGGCCAUUGGGGAAGAGUUGGUGAGCAUCCCCUGGAAGGUGCUUAAGGUCAUGGUCAGAAUCAUCAGGGCCAUUCUCCGAAUCCUCUGUUGUCUGCUGAAGGCUGUUUGCCGUGUUCUAAGCAUCCCUGUUCGAGUCCUUGUGGACGUGGCCUCUUUCCCUGUGUACACCAUGUCCGCAAUUCCAAUUGUGUGCAAGGACAUCACAGUGGGGCUUGGUGGCACCAUCUCUCUGUUCUUUGACACUGCUUUUGGCACCAUGGGUGGCCUAUUUCAGGUUUUUUUUAGUGUCCUCAAGCAGAUUGGCUCCAAAGUUACUUUCGACAAUUCUGGGGAGUUGUAGAACUCAAAAAACCAAUAGUGUCCAGUCACAGUGAAUUUGAUUUUUUUAAAUAGAGAAAUCUAGGAUAUUCUGUCUCUACCAUGGGUUUCUGUUCACUGUCAAUGAUCAUAAUAUUUCACCUUUGGUGGGGGUGUCUGCCUGUUUUUGCACAGGAAGAUGGCACAGUUUCGACUUGACCCAAGAGAAAUGCUCAGGAUGGAAUUAGAUGUAGUAAUCAGCUGUGUACUUCCAGUUAUCUGUGCAAACUUCCAAGCCACUAAUAACUUCGUUAUUCACGCUGAUACAGACGACCACCUGAAAGCUGUGGUGUCCACGGGUGAUCAUUAAAAAUUACAGAGGAGGAAAGAAUUAGAGGACAACUUUAAAACAAAGGGUAUCUGAGAAACGAAGAAAGGAAUCUCGUUUCUCCCACCACUCUUUGGGACUUAACAUAGGUUUAAUAUCCUUGGCAAAUUUCUUAGCAUUUGCUUCUCUUUCUCCCCAACUCAACUGACCUUGGUGAAGUGCAGGUGAUGCUUUGUUGAAAUAACAUCAUUAGGGAUACAGAAUCUGCUAUCUGUCUUAGCUUUCUCUGGUUUCUAAGGACCUAUAAGGUUUUUAUUUUCCUCCAAAGUUGAAUUUGGCUGCAUUUUUCUUUUAGGUAAUGAUAAGCAUUUAAUGCCAAACGUGGCAUAACAGAGUUUGAAUAUAAGGGCAAAGAUUUCUUCCCCCUUACAUGGUGUAAUAGAUUCCUCUCAGGUGUAAAGAAAGGAAUGCAAGGGUGACAGCCCUGCUCUUAGCAGGUGCUGUAGAUCCAGGACAUCCUUAGCCGAGCGUUAACUUGACAUAUAUUAAAUCUAUGGCUGACCAGAUUGAGCUCAGAGACCUACAUGUUAAGCUAAUAGGAAAAUUUAUAGUCUGCAACAUGCUGUAUCUUUCCAAUGCACCAAGUAAGAACCCAGUACAGUAAAACACUCUGACUUAAACCUUUAAAUGAUUGUUUUGGUAAAACGAUACAGAAAAGAGUCACAAAAUAAAAAUUAGUCAUCUCAAAUGCACAUAUGCAUGCGCGCGCACGAGGGCACUUCAAAAAGUUCAUGGAGAAGUAGAAUUAAAAGAUAAUCUGCAUCUUUCCGUGAGCUUUUUGAAGUACCCUUGUGUGUAUAUAUAUAUAUAUAUAUAUUUAUUUAAGUAUCAUUAUCUCUUAGAAAAUUAUUUUUAUAGUGUAUUUGAGGCUAGAAAACAUAACUUCUGUACUAACGCAAGUUAAAUUUGAGAGCUCGUUUCCUAUUUUUUGAUCAAGCACUUGUCAUUUUAAAUCUAACACUAAAAAUGGUAACAAGAGGAACCAAACUUUGUUCUGCCUUUCAGAGCUGGGAUGGAAUCAUCUGGAUUGUUCUGAGUGUUCUAAAGAGUUGCCAUGAAAUGAGGGGGGGCCAAGUGUGAAAUACUGAUCUUGGGCAUGCAACCCAACAUUCAUCAGAAAGUUAGAUGCAAAAACUUGGGGUCCAGAAAGGCAACAAGGAGAGAGCAUGUGUCAACCAUUUACAUGAGGCUGGUGAAUGAGAAAUGGGAGUGUAGCAAGAGUUAUAUUUUGCAGAAAAAUAGUUGAAUUACACCCAGAGUAGAGCAGCAGAUGGAAAGCUGCCAUCCUGAUCAGUUUGUGAUGCAGCACUGGGCAGUAUGAGCACCAGGCUAGUUCGUGAUAGAGAGAUAUGCACUGGAUUUAUCUAAGGAUCUUAAGCAGUAUUUUACCAACACUUUUCCUGGUGGGUGUGAACAUCUGUAGUUGGGCUUUCCUUUAUCUAGCAGUGUGAAGGUAAAUGGAAAAGAGAGGGAAUCUUAGAAGUGACCAGAGAGAUGGUCUGGCCAGACCCUUAUUUGAUAAGGAACCCAAGGCACAGGGAGGCAACAGGCUUGCCCUCAGUUUCAUGGUUUAGCUGAGAGCAGCUCAGGACCCAAGGUCAUUUGCAUGGGUCCCAUCAUACCUAGGAUGUUGGAUAACGGGAGUGUGUGCUGUAUGUCAGCUGCCUCCCUGGACAAUGGCAGGAUUUUCUCGUCCAUCAGACAGAUUCCAGGCCUGGACUAAUCAAGUGGAUUUGGCAUGUGUGAUGAAAAUGAUUAGCCAUCCAUGUACAACAUCAUGCUUACUAUGUCCCAUGGGAGCUAUAUUCCCUCACAGUACAUAUGUGCAUGCCAAAGAGCUCCAAGAGGCCACCCAUGGCAGCUUGAGCCCCGUAGCACCAUGCAAAGAACAGGGCAGCCAAAGUGCUUCUUGAAAACCAUUUAGAAAUGUCUUCUUUCCCACAUCCAGUUAUUUAGUGUCUAUUUAUUCUUGCCUUUUUUUGAAAUCUGAGAAGGGAUAAUAAGGCAAAAAAUAUCCUUAAAGUUAGGAGGCUGAGACUCUCCACUCUGGACCACUCGUGCUGGCUGUGCCUCUGAUUCUCUGGAGCUGGCUGCGUUGGGCUUGAACCCCCUGCAGGAGGCUGGGCUGCUCGCUUAUUCCUUGCGAGCUGCUUUGGACUUUGAGGUGGGAAUUUGGGUUGGUGAACCCCAUCUGUGGCUUAAAGAUUUUGCUGUGGCUGUGUUAUUUUCUCAGACCCCGGGGGAGAUCAGCCAGCUUUUUAUUAUUACGGAGGUGAUUUUCUAGUCUAUGGAUCAGCCACACCUUUGGACACUCCUGUUUUCUGUUGUGCCUUUUGAAUGCUGGCUUCUCACCGAGCUUCAGCUCUUCACCUACAUGCAGAGUCGGGAGUUGGAAGAAGGAACCAAAGUGAAGCAUCUGCAUUGAUUCAAUCAUUCCUUCAUCUAUCGAACGUGUAUUUGGACAUCAAGGCUGCGGAGAUGAAUAGUGCAUGGACCCCAUGUUUGAGGAGUUCAGAAUCUGGUGGAGAGAACAUGUGGUACAAUUGAUACUUGUAAUAUCGUGGUAAGUGCUAAAGACACUAGCAACACACUCCCUGGAGUACAGGAGGAAAAGCCACAAAAGUGUGGAAACUAGGGAAGCCUUUAUAGAGAGUGUGACAAAAGUCCCCUGGACAUUUUCAAGCUAUGUACAAUGCUGCACACCUUGCAGAUAAUAAAGUAAUUAUU